UCAGACGUCUUCGGCUGCGAGAUUUGGCAAGAAAAGCGUCUUAGAACUGUGCAGGAUGUCCAGAAAGGAUGAAUUUGGGAGAGAACUUCAAGUUGAUGCCAAGAAGAGCACCAGAAAGCUGUACCAGCUGGAGGAAGUGUUACAGCUAACACCAGGCCGGUUCGAGAGCGCCAUUUCUGAAGCUCCAGUGCUUUCCAAGUUCAGUGAACAAGUUGGGAAGUACAUGGGUGCCCUGCUGAACAGCUAUGGAGGCAUCGUGAGAUGGGGAGUCACUCGUACAGGUUUGGCCAAAGUCAAGGUCAUCGGAACACACUGUGACCGGAAGAUGGAGGACGAGUACAAGGUCGUGGUAGACUGUGUCGCUAAGAGCUUCAGUCCUCGCAUCGACCCUUCUCUGUACAGGCUGGACUUUGUGCAAAUCCUCCGCAAGUCGACAAACCAGCCGUUCCGAGAGAUCCGCGUGAUCGAGUUACGGGUUCAGGCAGGGCAGGAGCUGCUUUACAUGGAUCAGGAACAGCGGGUGAGAGUUGUAAACGGCAGCACCUUGUACGGACCCCUCAUUCCUCAGGAGAUCAAACGCCUGGUGCUGAAGAAGUAUAGAAAGGUAUAAUCUGUGUCUUGUCAUGUC